CCACCAAAACCUCCGCGUGCUCUCUUUAUCCUCUUUCUCUGCCUGCCAGCUUCACUGGAGAGCAACCGAAGCUCUCCAGAAUGCUAAUGGCCCUCUGUUCCUUCUGAAAAUCUUGUCUUCAACUCUUAUUACGCAGCGUUUCUUCUUUUCCUUUAACCAUGGCUUCUCCUCUCCCAAUGUCUGACAUUUCCACUCCCUUCAUUCCCAAACUCAGCUCUUUCCCCAGAAUUUGGAGUCUUUUCAUCGUCACGUACCCUUUGCAGUUUAAAUACAACAAAGGACGAGUAGUUUUGGCCCCCAACGCCGUCUACACCCAAAACCUUCCGGUUCCUUCGCACUCCAAAUUGUCGAACAGGACAGAGAGAUUUGAGCUCGAGAAUGACCCCAUUUCGGUUCUCAACGAGAGGAUUCACCGUGAUUUCGCUAAGCGAGAGGCUUCCAGGACGGUGAUGGAUUCGGAGGAGGCUGACAAGUACAUACGAUUGGUGAAGGAGCAGCAACAGAGAGGGUUGCAGAAAUUGAAGGGAGACAGGGAGAACAAGGAAGGUGGAUUUAGCUACCAGGUAGAUCCUUAUACGCUUCGUUCUGGGGACUACGUUGUGCAUAAGAAGGUGGGCAUUGGGCGAUUUGUUGGGAUUAAGUUCUCUGUUCCAAAGAAUUCUACAGAAUCAGUUGAGUAUGUUUUUAUAGAGUAUGCAGAUGGUAUGGCAAAGCUUCCUGUUAAGCAGGCGGCUCGUAUGCUCUAUAGAUACAGUCUUCCAAAUGAAAACAAAAGACCUCGGACAUUGAGCAAGUUGAAUGAUACUAGCGCCUGGGAGAGAAGAAAGAUUAAAGGAAAGGUUGCCAUACAGAAGAUGGUUGUUGACUUGAUGGAACUGUAUCUACAUAGGCUAAAACAAAGAAGGCCCCCCUAUCCAAAAAGUCCUGCCACGGCUAAAUUUGCAGCUCAAUUUCCUUAUGAACCCACGCCUGAUCAAAAACAGGCUUUCAUUGAUGUUGAGAGGGAUUUGACAGAACGUGAAACUCCAAUGGACCGAUUAAUUUGUGGAGAUGUGGGUUUUGGCAAAACUGAAGUUGCACUACGUGCUAUAUUCUGUGUAGUCUCGUCAGGGAAGCAAGCCAUGGUUCUGGCACCAACAAUAGUUCUUGCCAAACAGCAUUUUGAUGUUAUUUCAGAGCGCUUUUCUUCAUAUCCUGAUAUUAGAAUUGGACUUCUGAGCAGGUUUCAGACGAGAGCAGAGAAAGAGGGGUACCUGGAAAUGAUUAAAAACGGUCGCCUGGACAUUAUUGUUGGGACUCACUCUCUUCUAGGAAAUCGGGUUGUGUAUAACAAUCUUGGCCUGCUUGUGGUUGAUGAGGAACAGAGGUUUGGUGUCAAACAAAAGGAGAAGAUUGCUUCUUUCAAAACUUCUGUAGAUGUUCUUACUCUUUCUGCAACUCCAAUACCACGAACUCUUUAUUUAGCAUUGACAGGUUUCCGUGAUGCUAGUUUAAUUUCAACUCCACCUCCAGAAAGAGUUCCCAUCAAAACUCACCUUUCUUCGUUCAGCAAGGAGGUGAUCUCAGCUAUUAAGUAUGAGCUGGGCCGUGGUGGUCAAGUUUUUUAUGUUCUUCCUCGCAUUAAAGGACUUGAAGAAGUGAUGGAAUUUCUCGAAGAGUCAUUCCCAAAUGUGGAAAUAGCCAUUGCCCAUGGGAAGCAAUACUCAAAGCAACUAGAGGAUACCAUGGAAAAAUUUGCACAAGGUGACAUAAAAAUCCUGAUCUGCACCAACAUAGUAGAAAGCGGGCUUGACAUUCAAAAUGCAAACACCAUCAUCAUUCAGGAUGUUCAACAAUUUGGCCUUGCACAGCUGUACCAGUUGCGUGGUAGAGUUGGGCGGGCAGACAAGGAGGCUUAUGCGCAUUUAUUUUAUCCUGAAAAAUCCCUUCUCUCUGAUCAAGCAUUGGAGAGACUUGCAGCUCUUGAAGAAUGUCGUGAGCUUGGUCAAGGCUUCCAACUAGCUGAGCGAGAUAUGGGUAUAAGAGGUUUUGGUACUAUAUUUGGUGAACAGCAAACAGGAGAUGUUGGAAAUGUUGGCAUUGAUCUUUUCUUUGAGAUGCUCUUUGAGAGUUUGUCCAAGGUUGAUGAUCAUCGUGUGGUUUCAGUUCCUUAUGAGUCGGUACAGGUUGAUAUAAAUAUCAAUCCUCAUCUCCCUUCCGACUACAUAAAUUAUCUGGAGAACCCUAUGGAAAUAUUAGAUGCUGCUAAGAGAGCUGCUGAGAAAGACAUCUGGUGUCUGGUGCAAUUUACAGAAAACCUGCGCCGCCAUUAUGGCAAAGAGCCUUACUCCAUGGAGAUUUUGUUGAAGAAGCUUUAUGUGAAAAGAAUGGCAGCUGAUGUAGGAGUAACCAGAAUUUAUUCCGCUGGAAAGACGGUCUUUAUGAAAACAAACAUAAGCAAAAAGGUUUUCAAGCUGAUGACAGAGUCGAUGACUUCAGAUUUGCAUAGGAAUUCCUUGAUUCUUGAGGGAGAUAAAAUUAAGGCUGAACUUCUCUUGGAGCUUCCAAAAGAACAGCUCCUUAACUGGAUCUUUCAAUGCUUGGCUGAACUUUAUGCCUCAUUACCUGCCCUUAUAAAGUACUAGAUUCUUUUUAUAUGAACUUCUCCAAUCAAUUCUCCCAACAAAAAUGUAGAUUUUGAUUGAACUAUUGAGUAGAAAGCCACGACUCUGGCCAAUGCAAACCAAGGUUGCCUUGCAUGCCUGACCAGGCAGAACAGGACAAGAGAUCAAUUUGAGACUUCCGGCUCUUGGAGAUUGGUCUCACAGGCACCUUUCAGUUCGUUUAAAUUAUGCUUUUGAUUUGCCAGCCUCAUGCAGCGGCCGAGUUUUGAAUAUGAAUGAGGAGGCAAGAACUUUCAGACCUAAUCUGUUUCAGUAUUUACUCCAUUUAGAAACAUCAUCGCCUUCCAUGGCUCAAGAUGUCUCUCAUCAAAGCAUUCGGGAUUCACUUUAUGCAUCCAGAAAGAGAAAGCAGUCUCUGCCACUUCUGUCUCAGGUUGAUACGUCGGAGAUUUCAAUCAUGUCUCCAGCUUUGGAGAAUUCAGUGUAAUUCGUAGAGUAAUAUAUGAUAAGUAAACUGAGGUGAUCAGCAUUUUUGUUCGGGAAGGAUAUCGACUAUAGUGUUUUAUUUACUUGUUUAUAGGAAACGGUGCUCGUAUAUUUUAAAGUAAAUUAAUCUUUUACUUCUUAUAAUUUACUCCAAUUUUCAAAUAGGUG